AUGGGCAACAACAAUUCUCAGGGCAUCAACGGCAACCGAAGCCUCGUCGUCGCUCUGAGCACUGUACUCUCUGUGCUUGGUGUCGUCAUCAUUGUCGGGGCGAUUUGCCUUUGUUAUCGGUACCGCCGCGGCCGCCUUCCGUUCGGCCGCCGGGGUAACACUCCCAUCGACGAUGAGGAAAUCGAGUCUUGGAAGGCGUGCCGGACAAUUGAAAAGUGCACAACCGUCGUUGUUGACGAGCAUGACCCGCAUGGCUCGGUUGGACCCAUCCAAAAGCCGUCCAGCGUGAUCGUCUAUCAGACCAACAGCCCGUACCAGCCUCGCAUAUCGACUGACACAGCUUCGCGCUCUCUCUACCACAAGCGGAGCAUGGACAAGAGCAUCGACAUUCCUCAGACUCCUGUCCUUGCAAGAGCCCCCAACGCCCGUGUUGGUCUUACCGAUGACACUGUUGAAGGCGACGUUGCCUUCCUUCCUUCCCCAAAGCGCCAGACCCUGCGGUUGUCCAAGCUACCGCCAUUGUCCCCCCGCCACGGCAGGCAUCGCAGCUCCCGCAGCAGCGCCAGCGCCGGCAGUCUACGGAAUCACUGGUACGGCUACCACACCGACCUGGAACUGUCGCCACGCACAUCUACCGAUCCUUAUGCUCGUAUGCCUUCUUCCGCACACUCGGAUGGCAGGCACCAACAUAUCUACUCUUCGUCGACCGCCCCUAGGUUGUCACUGGACGAGGAAUUCCAUUUGGGCGGUCUAUCUCCACGCCCAUUCCUACGGCAAUCAGAAAUUGGACUCGCCGUGGGUUGA